AUGUCUGACGAUGGAGCAUUCAAGUCACCAUCAAUUCCAGCAAGUCAUCAUAUUCCUGAAAAACCGUCGCCGUCUUCUCCGAAAAAGAUAGGCUUGGUUACAGAGCAGAUAGAAGGUCCAGUUGAAGGGGCAAUAGACGAAGUAGAGGUUAUAUUGAAUGGUGCAAGAUUUCUCAACUUUCUUUCAUUUCAGACUGCCGAAGUAGAAGCAGAAAAAGAAGCGAAGAUUUCAGUGCAAGCCCCAACUCUCCACUAUGAAGCACCUCCAUGGGCUUGUGAGCCAGAUCCUGAACACAAAUUUCAGCUCGAAGUUCUGAAAGAAGGAAAACUGAUUGGAGCAUUUGAUUUAUCAAGUCGAAAGAAUUCCACAUUUGUCGUGAUCGGACGUAUUAAGCCAGGAUGUGAUCUGGUUAUGGAGCACCCAUCGAUUUCCAGAUAUCACUGUAUUCUGCAGUAUGGAGAUGAUAGAAUGUCGAAAACUGGCAAAGGAUGGCAUAUUUUCGAGCUAGGAAGCACCCAUGGCAGUCGAAUGAACAAGAAACGAUUACCACCAAAACAGUAUAUCCGAACGAGGGUGGGAUUCAUUUUUCAGUUUGGAGACAGUACUCGAAUGUUCAAUUUGGUUGGUCCUGAAGAAGACUCGGAACCAGAAUGGGAUUGCUCUCCGACCGAAAUGAAACUGCGAAAGCAUAAAAAGGAAUUGGAAGCUAAACUGAGAGCAGCAGCGGCACAGGAGAUGGCAGAGGACGAGAAAAGAGCACAAGAGGAAGAGGGAUGUGGAUGGGGAAUGGAUUAUGGUGAAGAUCAAAAACCAUUGACAACUGUGGAGACUGAUGCUCAUUUGAUGGAAGAUCGAGAGGCAUAUUAUAAUCAGGAUCCGAAAAAAGCGUUGCAAAAGUUCUUCGAAAGAGAAGGAUUUGAUAUGAAUUUUGAAUUCAGCGAACAAGGACAGGGUCACACUCAUAAAUGGGUUUGCAGUAUUGAACUUCCAGUGGAAAUCGAUGGCGUGGAUCGGGCGUUCACUGCUUCAGCCACAGUUUCUACAUCCAAAAAAGAUGCUCAAAUUCAAUGUGCUUUAGAAGCUUGUAGAAUUCUCGACACCUACAAUGUUCUUCGCAAAUCCAAUACCAAACUUCGAAUGCAGCGUAAAACAUUGGAAGCCAACGACUAUUAUGAUGAAGACGACGAUUUGUAUCUGGAUAGAACUGGACAACUUGAGAAGCAAAGAGAAAAAAGGAAGCAGUGGGCAGAAGAAGGUUAUGGACACAAACGACCGGAGGUUGAUACAUAUGAAAGUCUCUGUGCAAAAUUGGAAGCAUCCAAAAAAGAAAUCGAGGAUUGUCAGAAGCAUCUGGAUAUUCUGAAUUCAGAAACCAGAAAAUCAACUGCAGCGAAAGAAAGUGGAGGAGAUGUUCUUGAUAAUUACAUCAGACAACUGGAGAAAAGUGGAGGUGGAGACGAUCCAAAGGUAACAAAAAUUACAAUCAAUAUUUAUUCAAAACAAAUCAUUUUCAGACUAAAAUGGAAAAAUCGAAAUGGCCUUGAAAAGCUGGUGAAAAUUGCAAAACCAGCUGCUGUGAAAGGAGUGGAUCAGUUAGGUACGGCUGGUGGCGAUAAACAAGCCUUCCUGAAAAAGCUAAUGGGAGUGAGAGCAAGGAAAGAGGUAGAUCAGGCUCCUUCACAACCUGGACCAUCGACUCCCACCGUAACGAGUACUCCGCCAACUUCGAAGAUGAAUGAAACUAAAAACGAAGUUUCUGAAAAGUUGGAAGAUGCUAAGAAAGAAGAAGAGAAAGUUCGUCCAGAUGUGGAAACUAAGAAAGUAACUGAAGAUUCAGAAGUUAAAGAGAAGAAAGAUGAAAAAAAGGCUGAAGUGUCAGUCAAGAAAGAGGAAGAAGAAGAGAAACCGAAAGAAGCGUUUGGCAGCAAAAUUCAGAAGCGAGUGGCUGAAUGGGAAGAUGAAUUGAAAGCAGAGAAUGAAGCGCUCGCCAAGAAACAAAAACUAGAAGCGGAAUCCGAAACGAAGAAGAAGGCCCAACGUAUUCGUCAGCGUGAUAUUGAGAAGAAGAUAGCUGGAACCGAAGAUUACGGAGCUGGUGUGGAGGAUCGAGAAGAGAAAUAUUCCACUUGGAUGCCUCCAAAUGCUGAACAAUCGGCUGCAAAACAAGACGCUCUCCGAGCUAAAUUUGCUGGAAAAUAUUGA